AUGGGUCACUUGCAUACUUUCUGCAUACACGCUAGGGAGGCUGGAAUUCCGGUGGAAAGGUACCUGUACGGUCCGGAUAUGCGAGCUGGUGGAUCCCAGAGCGCUCCUAGAGCGGUUGGGGAUAGCUGGCUUGUUCUGGUUGGCGGGAAACCACGACCACUGGGGGCCAGGCCACGUGUGGGUGGAACAAUGGAUGGGGGACAGGGAAGUGGGGGUGUCGCACCCACGAGUAUGUCUGAGGAUGAAGUGGUGGUGGCUACGGCAAAGCGUCGUAGGCAUGAGACGAAGGGGGAGGAGGGAAGUGGGAAUGAGGAGGUAACAGUUGCAGCUGUUCGACAGAUUGUGGGCCUAGCGUCCAGUAAGAAGCCUGAUUUCGUGUUCUUGAUGGAGACCAAGGUGCCACGGAUACAUGCAGAAAGGAUCCGUGUUACGCUUGGGUAUGAAGGGUUAUUUUAUGUUGAUAACGACGGCUUGAGUGGAGGAAUGGCGCUUUUAUGGAAGAAGAAUAAUACGGUGAGACUUUUGAGUUACUCGCAGAGUCAUAUUGAUGUGGAGAUAAGCUUGUUUAAUAAGUUAUGGCGCAUGACAUGUAUCUAUGGUGUCCCCGAGCGUGGUAGGCGGGAGGAAACAUGGGAAUUACUUGGCACGCUGAAGACUAGGUCCUUGUUGCCCUGGGUGGUGAUAGGGGAUUUUAAUAAUCUACUAUACCAGCAUGAGAAGAAGGGGGGAAAUCCGUAUCCUAAUAGUUUGCUACGGGGUUUCGGUGAUGCUGUGGAUGACUGUGGUUUGAUGCAAAUGCCAAUGAGGGGCCAUCAAUAUACGUGGCAGAAGGGAAAGGGCACGCCGAAUUGGAUAGAGGAAAGAUUGGACAAAGCUUUAAUAACGAAUGAUUGGGGUCUGCUCAAUGAGAAUGCAUGGCUGGAGAAUAUUCGAACCCGGGCCUCGGAUCAUUCGAUCCUAUUCCUCAGCAUUCAGGCGUUUUGCAUGCCAAGGAGAAGGGGGCCGCGGAAGUUUAGAUUUGAAAUGGCUUGGCUUUUGGAUGAGGGGUGCAAAGAAGUAGUUGAAACGGCCUGGCAGGAGGGGAGAACGGAGGGAUUGCUGCAUUGUCAGCAGUUGUGUGGGGAAAAGUUGAUGCGGUGGGGUGGAGAUCAGUUUCAUAAAUUCGGAAAACGAAUUAACCACCUGCAGCAGAGGCAAGAUGCCAUACGGAAUAGACGAGAUGUGGUGGCUUUAGCUGAAUACCAACAGAUUGAGAAUACCAUGAAACGAGUAGAGGUCCAGGAGGAUGUGUUUUGGAGGCAGCGGGCCAAGCAGCACUGGCUACGCGGGGCUGAUGCAAAUACAAAAUUUUAUCACAGUAUUAAAUGUGAUGCUGGUAACUGGGUGGAGGGGGAUGGUAUGCAUGCUGCUAUACAGACUUACUUUGAAAAUAUUUUUGCCUCUAAUGGAUUGAGUUGUGAUGAUCCACUUUUUGGGGUCCUAGCCCCACGAGUAACGUUGGAGCAAAAUAUGAUGCUAGACCGCCCUUUUGAAACUGAUGAGGUUAAAGAGGCUCUUUUUUCAAUGUAUCCGGAUAAGGCACCGGGUCCGGAUGGUUUAAAUCCGGGUUUCUACCAGCAGUUUUGGGAGGUAGUGGGAGAAGAUGUAUCAGGCUUUAUAAUGAAUGUUUUGAAUUCCUGUGUAUUCCCUGAGGGUUUGAAUGAUACUAACAUUGUCUUGAUACCGAAGAAGGAGAUGCUUGAGACAGUUGCAGAUUUAAGGCCGAUUACAUUAAGUAAUGUCAUUUACAGAAUUAUGGCCAAAAUGAUAACAAAUAGGAUGAAAACACUAAUGGGAGGAUUAAUAUCAGAAUCCCAAAGUGCUUUUAUCCCGGGAAGGCUAAUCACUGACAACAUCCUGGUGGCAGCAGAGGUGGGACAUUAUCUGAAUAGAAAGCAAUGUGGUAUAGUGGGAUGGAGUGCAUUGAAGAUAGAUAUGUCAAAGGCCUAUGAUAGAAUGGAAUGGAACUUUCUGGAAAAAAUGCUGACUGUUAUGGGUUUUAGUGAGAAGUGGAUAAAACUCAUUAUGAUGUGUGUUACGACUGUUAAUUAUACUGUAAUGGUCAAUGUUUGUCAGUCAAUUGAGCGAACUAUGAAUAAGUAUUGGUGGGGCAGUGGAAGAGAAAGGGGAAUACAUUGGAAGGCAUGGGACAGGAUGUGCAUACCAAAGAAGUAUGGUGGUAUGGGUUUUAAAGAGCUGAGGGCGUUUAACCUAGCAAUGCUGGGUAAACAGGCAUGCCGUUUUUUGACAGACCCAGAAACACUCGUAGCUAAAAUUUAUAAGGCAAGGUAUUAUCCCACAACCAGCUUUACAGAUGCAACUAUUGGUAAUUGCCCAAGUUACUGUUGGAGAAGUAUAAUGGCAGCCCAUGCAAUGGUAGUCUCAGGGGUGCGGAGGAGGAUUGGGAAUGGACAGACAACUUUAAUAUGGGGGCACCCGUGGUUACGAAAUAAUCCCAACCCAUUGAUUCAAACAGAGAUGCCACAGCAAUUGAGAGAGGCACGAGUUGCAGGACUGAUUGAUUUACAGACUCAUACCUGGGAUCCGCAUAUUUUGCCUGAUUUAUUUCUUCCUGAAGAUGUGGAGCGAAUAAAUAUGAUCCCUGUUAGUCCUGAGUAUGAGGACUCAUGGUAUUGGGUGAGUGACCCAAAGGGGACAUAUACAGUAAAGAAUGCCUAUAGGCGUAUUGUGGGUGAUUAUGAGAAUAAUCCAGCGAAUUUUGAUAAAUGGGUUGCAAUACUCGUUUACAACAUGACUAAAAGGGGCUAUGGCGGCAUUGACGGAGGAGCAGACCCGGUUAAUGGUAGCAGUGUUAUAUUAUAUUUGGAGAACCCGGAAUUCAGCUGUCUGAAAGGGAUCAAUGAUGCGCCCUACCCAAUUGGUCAGAGCACCGUAGCACUGCACGCAUACGGCACUGCCCAUGCCCGCCGAACCGAGCCCGCACCGGCGACGGACCACUUGAACGGUCCAGGGGAGGAUGGUCUACGGUGUUAUGUGGACGCGGGUUUCCGGCACGACACGGGAGUCCUUGCCUUUUAA